AUGGCGGAUUUGAAACGAAGGAUCGAAGCUAUGGAACCUGGUUCCGAAGAGCGCAAAAUGGGCGUCAGAGAGUGGCGGAGACUGAAGCGAAUUCCUCAAGGAAGUGUAGAAAACGGAGUGAUCAGGUCAUAUCUUGAAUGGCUUACCUCUAUUCCCUGGCCUAAUUCCACGCAUAUCUCUCCGGCACCGGACUCAAGCCAGCUUCAGUUGAAAACAAGGCCUUUCCUUGCCGCUGCUCGUGCUCAGCUCGAUGCGGACCAUUUUGGUUUGGAGAAAAUUAAGAAGCGUUUGAUUGAAUACUUGGCGGUAGUGAGGUUGAAAGAGUUGAAUGCGGAAAGGGAGGCAAAGGAACUUGCAGUCAAGGAGGCUUCUCAAGAGAGUCGGAGCGCAAAGGCGGCGCAGGAGGCUCGAAAUAUUGAGGGUGCGAACGCCCAAGAGACGAAGGACGGCAAGGAGCUUGUGGCCUAUGACAAAAAUCAACAACCACAGCCUCGGGUGCAACCUUCACUUGGAAAGCCUAGCCGGAAUGGCAAGAAAGGCGUCAAGGGGCCCAUUUUCCUGUUCGUCGGGCCUCCUGGUACGGGCAAAACAUCUCUUGGACAAUCUGUCGCGAAAGCUUUAGAUCGACCAUUCCAGCGGAUUUCGCUGGGUGGCGUACGAGACGAGGCGGAAAUCAGAGGACAUCGACGGACGUAUGUAGCCAGCGAGAAGAUCCACAUUGCUCGUCGGUUCUUGCUUCCUAAACAGCUACAAGCGAACGGUCUUGACGCGUCACAAAUCAAUAUCACCGAGCCAGCUCUGCUUCACAUCACCACGAGGUAUACACGCGAAGCCGGUGUACGAAGUCUCGAGCGCGCCAUUGGUGGCGUGGUACGAUACAAGGCUGUUGAUUGGGCCCUUGACGGCACAACUCAAACCCAACAGCAGGAGGGGACAAGCUCAGGCACGUCGGUAUCGCAGCUGAAGGAGUCUAAAUCCCUUGUCGAGGAGCACGAGUUGGAGAAGAUUCUUGGCAUUGCAAGGUGGGAUGGAGAAGAGAGGGAGAGGGAGGAGAGGAGGGGUGUUGUCUAUGGACUUGUGGUCAUGGGUCAGAGUGAAGGUGGAAUCUUACCUGUGGAAACGAUCGCUGUUCCUGGUUCUGGAAAGUUGAAACUUACUGGGAGUUUGGGUGAUGUGAGCUUGCUAGUUUCGUUGUCCUUGCUUGUGGGUUGGCAACUCAUUGUCCUUCGUUUUUCCAAGGUCAUCAAAGAAAGUGGGGAACUGGCGUUGAGUUGGGUGAAGAGGCACGCGUAUGACUUGUGUAUCACCAAUUCGCGGACGGAAGAACCUUUGAAGUUCCCUGAUCCCAUUGAUAUACAUUUACACCUUCCUGCGGGUGCGCAGAAGAAGGAUGGACCGAGUGCUGGCGUUGCUAUGACGUGUGCAUUUGUGUCGUUGACUGGCACAUGUGUUCCAGCCAACAUCGCAAUGACUGGCGAGAUCACAUUGCGUGAUGCCCACCGAGCGCAGGUGACCAAAGUCAUCCUACCUUGGGCGAACCGCAAGGACGUGGAACAUGACGUUUUGCCUGAGAUUCCAAAUGAGAUGGAGUUCGUCUUUCGGGAUGAUCGACAUGGGACAUAUUUGAGGUGCAUUACAGGACCAUCAACAUUUGCCAAAAUUUUACUGCUACGAGUAUGA